AGGUGAGUAAGAGAGGGAGGUUGCGCAAAAGAGAAAGAGAGGAAAAGAUAAAAGAGAAUGCGCAGAACGAGAGGCGAGACUGAGGCAUAGGGUGGCGGAUGGCGAAAGACGAAAGCAAGGAGGCAGGAGGGAGCGUCUGCUGGACAACCCUACCGGACAGAAGACGACGGGCAGCCCCAGUGUCACGGCGCCUGUCCAACGUUUCCCGCUUACGCCCCUCACCCCGCGCCAGUCAUCCCUCAACCUCGCAACAACCAUCCCCUUACGGAACCAGGGACAGGUCUACAGUAGUUCCCUGGCGAAGAGAAGAGAAGGGACGCAUAGCUAUACGUGGUGUGCCUCUUGCUUCAGGAGAGAAUUACACACACAAAUAUAAUGAACGUAACAUUGAACCAAACUCCAUGCGGCCUUCCACGUUGCUUGGGCAUGGACGCGCCUGUCGAUCUCCUGCCACUCAUCUCAAGCCACUGGUUGGCCUUCCCCCCGCCCUCCACAGUGACUCACAUCAGUCUGGGGUUGCUCUUCCUCCUCAUCACACCGGUGGCCUGUCUCGGCAACCUGACCAUCAUAUUUCUCUACUGCAGGUGCCGCCGCCUGCAGAACUCGUCCAACCUGCUGGUGAUGAAUCUUGCGGCGGCGGAUCUCAUGAUGAUGUCCAAGGCACCCAUCUUUAUCGCGAACUCCUUCGCCCAGCGCCCAUACACCGGCCGCCUAGGGUGUGAGAUAUACGGGUUUGUGUCCCUAGUGGCUGGCCUGUCCGCCAUCUGGUUCCUCACCGCCAUCAGCCUGGACCGGUACCGCGUGGUGCGCCUCUCCAUCACCGCCAGCAUGUCGUCCAAGUCACAGACGCGGGUGGUGGUGGCGGUGGUGUGGCUGACGUCCACUGUGUUGGCUACCAUUCCGCUGUUCGGGUGGAACCGCUACGUCCCCGAGGGCGUGUUGUCCGGCUGCACGGUGGACUACCUCUCCGAACGCUGGCUGGACCGCUCCUUCGUGUUCCUGCUGCUGCUCAUCGCCUGGACCGCCCCCAUGGCCGCCGUCCUCUUCUCCUACAUAUGGCACACUUACCCCGUGUCCCGCGGUAAUGGGUUCUCACAUACCUCAAGCCCAAGGGUCAGUGAGACAGAGAUGAUCACCGACGCCACGCACAGCUAUAGCGUAUUUCUCCAACUUUACCUUUUACUCUUGUUUACUAAUGUGCAUCUCCAUCAACAGGUCAAGCAGAGCAGAGAGGAGCUGCACCAGCUAAGUCAUUCGCACCACCACAUCCCUGCACUGCCUCAUAGAAAGACAGGGACGAGAGUAGCAACGCUGGUGGGGCUCUGGGCAAUAUCCUGGACGCCCUACGCCCUCGUGGUUCUGGUCUCCGUUUCCUUCAGCAACUGUGUCCUCACGCCGCUCCUCUCCACCAUGCCCUCAAUCUUCUGUAAAGCAUCUGCUUGCCUCAACCCGUAUGUCUACGGCCUGUCGCUCCCUGCCUUCAAAAAAGAGCUGAGGCGGAUCCUGGCAAGGAACGAACCCUACCAAGGCACGGCUGGCACUGUGAAGGAGAAAGGCCCUUCACUGCACACUUACCAUUACAACCACAGGACAGAGUAUGGACCAAAAUGCUUGCCAGCCUCAUCAUCCUACAUACUGCCCUCCCUGGCCCCAGCAGCUCUUCAAAGAUUCAUGCUGCCAAAUGGAGACAUUGUCCUGGGCACAAGUUAUAAGGAGGCAAAGCAGAAAUUGGCCAGAAAGAAAAAUACUUCGCAUGUGAACACAUCGGUAGCACCUUCCCGCCACCCUCAAGGAACAACUCCAGUGUGAUGCCUUGCACCUCUCAGGUCUAGCAGUAAGAUUCUAUGCCCCUGCUACUACCCAAAGAGACCUGUUUUGAACCUGCUUAACCAUCUUCUCCUGGAAGUCCCUCAGGAAGUCUGUGAGCAUGCUGUUGUUCUCUCCAUCACAGUCAAUGUCCUCACUCAGACUGGCCACCCUCAGACUGUGAAUAAAGAAGUAACUGGAUUCUAU